AUGGCGAUAAUGGGGCGUAAAGGAUACGCCUGGUUCUGCGCACUCUCCGCAGCCAUGUGCAACUCAUAUUACGGCUUCGAUGCCUCAGUUUUCAAUGCCGUCCAAGGCUCGGACGCAUGGAUUAACUGGAUGGGCAAUCCUGGGCCCAACUUGGUCGGAGGUGUCAACACGGCCUACUCCGUCUGUGCUAUUAUCAGCGGAUGGUUCCUCGCGGCUCCAGUUGCCGACUUUCUGGGUCGGAAAACAGCAAUGGGUAUCGGUAGUGUUCUCAUCAUGAUAAGCGCAAUCCUGGAAACAUGCACUCCCAAAAAUCAGAUCGCAUGCUUCAUCGUCGGACGUGCCGUCAACGGUAUUGGCCAGGGUAUUGCUUUAUCUGCUGGACCGUCUUAUAUCGGCGAGAUUACACCCGCCAAAAUCCGUGGAAUUGUCAUGACAUUCUGGCAGGUGGCAUACAGCGUUGGUCUUUUCUUCGCCUUCUGGAUCAACUUCGCCUGCACGAAAUACCUUGACCGACUACCAGAGAACUGGGACUGGAGAAUCGUCUGUCUUUUCCAGCUUAUGGUUCCUAUCUACGUGCUUUCCGUUCUUCCAGGUCUUCCCUCAUCUCCUAGAUGGUGCAUCAAGAACAACAAGAUAGACAAGGCCCGAAGCUCGCUCAUGGCCACCCGGUUCAGCUCAGAAGAGGCCGAGGAAGAACUGCAGACCAUCAUUGCAGCCGUCGAAUUCGAGAGAAACAGCAACGAAACCUCGUCGGGAUAUGCAGCUCUGUGGAAGGACAAGAGCGUCCGCAGGAGGCUGCUCCUUGCACUUGGCAUGAACGCUGGUCAGCAGCUCACCGGCCAGGGCUCCCUCACAACAUACUCUACAAAGAUUUACAAGGGAGUCUUCCAAUCGUCGUCCACUGUCGCCCUCAUCAACGCCCUCAACGCCACACUUUCCAUUCUUUUCUGUCUCAACGUGACAUGGGUUGUUGAGCGAUGGGGACGAAAGGUCUUGUUCAUCAUUGGUGGCAUUGCGACCGUGGGGUCGCAAACCCCAAACACAGCCGACGGCUCCAAGCCAUACUCUGUCGGCGUGGCGAUCGUGUUCCUCCUCUUCCUCUUCAUCUUCUUCUACAAGCCCUCGUGGGGCGCCGUGACCUGGAUCUGGAGCUCCGAGAUCUUCUCGCUCAACGUGCGGGCCCAGGGCGUCGGCAUGGCCGGGCAGACGCAGAACAUCGCCAACGCCAUCGUCCAGCAAUUCUUCCCAUUAUUCCUCGAGGAUUGCGGGUUCUACGCCUUCUACAUGUUCGCCGGUAUCAACUGCCUGCUCGUCUGCUAUGUCAUCUUCCUCAUCCCCGAGACAAAGGGCGUCCCACUCGAGGAAAUGGACAGGCUCUUUGGCGGCGUCAGCCACGUCCAAGGCGGUGCAGCAAUGCGCGAGGACGAUGCGACUAUGGAGCACCACCGGCCCGCCUCCAAGGGCACGACCGAACACAGCGGCAACCAUGUCGAGGGUUCGGCCACGCCCGAGGAGAAAUGA